AUGAUCGGCAAGAACAAACAGAAGAAGCCGAGAAGUAGUCAGGGCCAAUACACAUUUCAAACACUGCUCGACAGGAAGAGGAGCAACCCGAGCAUAACGAGGAAGCUCGGUUCUAUUUCUCGAUUUCGAGACAUAUCAAAGCCCUUUGAGGAGCACUUUGCUGGAUCAGCCAUCUACCUAUAUGACUCCGAUUACUUGAACACAAUCAAGCAAGGCCAGUACGAAAGUCUCAAGGACUACAUGACGCGCUUCACAAAGAUAGCCAUGAGUAUACCCGACCUCCACCCCGAGGUGGAACUGCACGCCAUAAAAAGUGAACUACAACUAGGAAAAUUCCAGGAAACUAUUGUUGUAGCCAAACCUAAGACUAUGGUCGAGUUCCGUGAAAAGGCUAAAGGUCAGAUCAACGUUGAGGAACUCCGGCAAGCUCGGAAAACAGAAAAGCCUUAUUAUAGAGACGACGACAGAACUCGAGACAAAAAGAAGAACUUCAAACCGACUUCGCGAUAUGAGUCCUACACUCAAUUCAACACCAAGCGCGAUGAUAUCAUCAAGAAGAUCUUGAAUUCGAAGGUGAUCAAACCGCCAAGAAAAGCUGGCAGUUACCCAAAUUCAAAAGGCGCGGACAGAUCAAAAUACUGCUCUUUCCACCAAAAGCACGGACACACUAUAGACGAGUGUGUCAUCGCCAAAGACCUUCUGGAGCGAUUAGCUCGACAAGGCCACCUGGACAAAUACAUCGGUGGCCACAUACAGUGA